AUGUUGUUCAUAGACUACAGUGCAGCGUUCAAAACCACAGUCCCCUCCAAGCUCAUCACCAAGCUGGGGACCCUGGGAAUGAUCACCUCCUUCUGUAACUGGAUCCUGGACUUCCAAACGGGACGCGCCCCAGGUGGUGAGGUCAUGAAGAGAGCACGACAGCGCCUCUUCCCCCUGAGGAGCCUGAAAAUAUUUAUCAUCGGCCCUUGGAUCCUCAAAAAGUUGGUGCGGACAGCCCAGUACAUCACUGGAGCCGAGCUCCCUGUCAUCAAGGACCUCUCAAGGACCUCUCAGGCGGAACACUUCACCCCAGAGUGCAAGUUCAAAGAAAGUGUGUUUGAGAACUACUACGUGACGUACUCGUCCAUCCUGUACCGGCAGACCCAGUCGGGCAGGGCCUGGUACAUCGGCAUCAACCGGGACGGACAGGUCAUGAAGGGCAACAGGGUCAAGAAGACCAAGGGGGCCGCCCACUUCCUGCCCAAACUCAUCGAAGUGGCUAUGUACAGGGAGCCGUCGCUACAUGAAGUGGUGGUGGUCGCCGAGCUGAGUUCGCCCAGAAAAAUGGCCAAGGCCUCCGAUUCACCUGUGCUGCAGAACGGCAAAAAAGACCCGCCCUCAAAAACCAAAACCUCCUAG